GUUGAGUUCAUUUUCUAGUAGCAAAUAAACCAUCAGUAAGAACGCACGCUGCUCAUCAUUUCUCCACCUUUAAAAUACAGUGACAUAGUAAAAUCAACCUAAUUAACACCCACAUAAUGGUCCUUCGAGCCGGAUCAAAGUUGUUUACUACAAAUUCGCCGGUAACCAGCCCGGCUGAGAACAAAAGAAUUCUUAUCUAUCGUCGAGUGAAGUCGAGUAAACAAGUGUUAAUUUCAAAUAAAAUUAAAGUAAUGCAAGUGUGGACAUUAAUUUAAAGUGUGUUAACUUAUGGACUAACCAGUGCUUAAAAACGAAACCUAAAGAACUAAAUACCUAAUCAGAGUGUGUAUGAACGCUAAGUGAAUAACUAUUAUAAGAAUUAAUUGACUUUGUGAACGUGUUGAACAUUAAAAUAGUGCGAUAUAACCUAAAACUUUGGACUAUCAAACGUAAAUAUAGUGUUUAUGCAAAAUGGAAGCGGAAAAGGAACUAUUGCAAAUUUUAGAAGAUAAAAUAUCAAUGUUACAAAAAGUGUUAGUUAACUUUAAGAAAUGUCCUAAGGCUAGGCUUACGAAAGGUUACAUUACCGUGAGACUACAGACUAUUCAAGAAUAUUGGCGAGACUUUACGAAUGCACAUUUGGCCCUAACUAGAAAAGUACCUAAACAAAAUAGACAGAAUUACCCGUACUUUGCAAACGACGAGUACUACGAAGUUGAAGAAUUAUACUUGAGUUUACAAGCGGAUUUGAAUGACUUAUUAUCCGAGUGCUCGCCGUCAGCCACCAGCCGGCAGUCAGCUGGCGCAGCCAGCAGCAACAUGGAGGCCGCUGACGCGUCGCAGGUCAAGCUACCAAGGAUACAGCUGCCUACAUUCUCAGGGUCUUACGAAGAGUUCCCGGCCUUCAAGGAUUUGUUUACAUCAUUGGUAGACAACAAUGUUACACUUAGCAAUGUCCAAAAGUUACACUACUUGAAGAGUAGCAUCAAAGGAGAACCAGAGUCGUUACUGAAGCACAUGCAAGUUGUAGAAUGCAAUUACGAACCAGCGUGGAAACUGUUACAAGAACGAUACAACAAUAUGAGACUUAUUACCAACUCUGUGUUGAAACGAUUAUUCAACCAAAGGAAGAUCACUGCACCUACAGCUGACAACAUUCGUUCACUGUUAGACACAACUAAUGAUUGUCUAAACAGCUUAAGAAACCUAAGCAUAUCUACUGAUUCUUGGGAUCCAGUCAUCAUAUUUCUGGUCAUUCAGAAGUUGGACCCAGAGUCACAUCAAGAAUGGGAACAAUCAGCUUUCAAUGGAAACAGCGCAGAACUACCUAAGUGGACGGAGUUAUCAAGAUUCUUAGAAACUAAAUAUCGAACACUGGAGCUAGUUAACCCACCACAGAGACAGAAGAUAACACAGAGCCAAAACAGAGAAAGAGAAUACAAAGUUCAUGUUUCUACGGAUACCAACAGUAACAAUAACUAUAACAACAAGGAGAAAUGCUGCUCAAUGUGCAAAGAAAACCACACCUUAUGUCAUUGUAGAGAGUUCACAUCAAAGGUACCAAGAGAGAGAUGCGAGUUCGUGAAAAGCAAUCAACUAUGUUUCAAUUGUUUGGCCCCAGGACAUUCAGCUUUUAGAUGUCGACUCAGAAUGUUCUGCCGAGUAUGUAAGAAGCGUCAUCACACGCUACUGCAUGAGACCUAUCAACCAAACAAUGUGGAAUGUCACCAUGAUACAGCUACCAACGGGAACAACAACAUCAAUGAACCAGUCUCAGAGUUAUCAACCAACAUAGCAACCAACACGUCUACUGCGCUCCUGGCUACAGCCCUAGUACCAGUGAGAGAUGAAUCAUCAGGACGUGUCACCAUGUUAAGAGCACUAAUCGACAAUGGAUCACAAGCAAGUUUUAUUAGUGAGAGAGCCGCCCAGUUACUUAAGCUGAAGAGGAUACCCUGCAAUGGUACAAUCACUGGCGUCGGCACAACAAAGACAACAGUCAAACACGUAGCACAAAUUGAGGUUCUUUCAAGCCAAGAUAACAAAUUCAGCCUCAAAUUGAAAGUUUAUAUAAUGCCUACGCGUUUAACAUCACAAUUACCAACGAGAGUUAUCUCUGAACGCACCUGGUCACACAUCCAUGGUAUAGCUUUAGCUGACCCCGGCUUCAACCAACCUGGACCUGUAGACAUGCUGCUGGGUGUAGAAGUGUGUGCCGCAAUUAUGAAAGGCGAGAUUAUCAAGGGUCCCCCAGGCACCCCUAGUGCUCAAAAUACCAGCCUUGGGUGGAUUCUCUUCGGGCACAUCACUACAGAGGAACACAGAGAUGAAUAUACAGUAAUGCACCAUCAGAUUGAUCUGGAAAUAAACAGUAUGCUAAAACAAAUGUGGGAAUUGAAUGAUCAUGAGCAAAAGAUCCUAACCGCAGAAGAGAGAAGAUGUGAAGAAAUAUAUGAAUCAAAUCAUUCCAGAACAGAAGAUGGCAGGUACAUUGUGAAGUUGCCUUUUAAAACAGAGAAUAGAUUAUCAAUACAGAAUGGAUCGAGAGACAUAGCUCUGAGAAGCCUAAAGCAACUAGAGAGACGCUUCGAAAAGAAUCAAAAGCUAAAGGAAGAAUACACAAAGGUGAUAGAAGAAUAUCUUGAGAUGGAGCAUAUGGAAGAAGUACCUAUAGAAGAAAUCAACAAGCCAGCUGUAUACUUACCUCAUCAUGCAGUUAUGAAGGAAGAGAAAGAAACAUCAAAAUGUAGAGUGGUAUUCAACGCCUCAUGCAAGGGAACCAACAAUACUUCCCUGAAUGAUGAACUGCUAGUUGGUCCACAACUACAAGAAGACAUGCGAAGCAUUAUAAUGAGAUGGCGCAUGCACAAAGUUUGCUUCGCCGCUGACGCAGUUAAAAUGUACCGAAUGAUAUUAAUAACAGAGGAGGACAAAGAUAAUCAAAGAAUCCUAUGGCGUAAAAGUAAAACCGAACCUGUAAAAGAUUAUCGAUUAAACAGAGUAACAUUCGGAACGGCUUCAGCCCCUUACCUAGCCGUUAAAACUCUGCUUCAGCUAGCUAAAGAUGAAGGCCACAUUAACGAAGAAGCAGCUAAAAUAAUCAAAGAAGAUUGUUUCAUGGAUGAUAUAGUAUCUGGAAAGGAAACACUAGAAGACGCAAUCAAAACCGCUAAAGAUAUAGAGAAGAUAUUACAGAAAGGAGGUUUCAUAUUACAGAAGUGGUGCUCAAAUGACGUAGAUUUCCUGAAACAAUUCGAACCAUCAAAGAUUAGCACUCAUGUCAAUAUUAAAUUUGGCAUAGAUGGUAUCAUAAAGACACUAGGUAUCAUCUGGAACAUGGGAGAAGAUGUAUUUCAAUAUCAAAACAACUUACCUGCUGCAGCUGAAUCUUACACGAAGAGAAGUAUCCUGGCAGAAAUACAGAAGUUGUUCGAUCCUCUCGGAUGGAUUGCUCCGGCGAUUAUCCCUGCAAAGAUACUCAUGCAAAGAUUAUGGAUACAAAAAACUGGAUGGGAUGAAGACGUAGACGAAGAAGCAAGAGAAGAGUGGAUAGAACUUAGAGAGAAAUUUCAAGAGCUGGACCAAGUACAAGUAAAGAGAUGGCACGAAACGACUGAAAGCAACAGAGAUCAUACAUCUAUACAUGGUUUCUGUGAUGCUUCUACCAAAGCCUAUGCAGCAGUAGCAUACCUCAGAGUAGAAGACAAAGAAGGAAAUGUAACAACCAACAUAAUAGCCGCUAAAACUCGAGUAGCACCACUAAAACCAGUAACACUCCCUCGUCUGGAACUAUGCGGUGCAGUACUGCUUGCAAAGAUGCUGAAACAAAUAAGAGAAGCCAUGAGGAUUUCUGAAAGUAAAGUUCAUGCUUGGACAGAUUCCACAAUCGUACUGUCCUGGUUGUCUGGAGAUCCAGCAAGAUGGAACACCUUCGUGCGUAAUCGAGUUGUAACUAUCUUAGACGAUGUUAAAAACAAUUGGAAUCAUGUCCAGACUCACGAGAAUCCAGCAGAUGUAGCUACGAGAGGCAUUGAAAUAGCAGAUUUAAGAGAUCACAAACUAUGGUGGAAGGGCCCACAGUGGCUAAGAGAGAAAGAAGUCAUCUACAGCAAACCGGCAUACCUGGAAACAAACCUGGAAAAAAGAGAAAAGAUAAAGAUUAAUACAACAAUAGUAAAUGAUGAUGAAAACAUAGAGAAACAAUUUGAAAACAUGGAAGAUUUAACACAACUCCUCAUAGUCAUUACACACUGCAGAAGAUUCAUGCGAUACAAGAAAGAUAACCUGAAAGAAAGACCUAUAACUACAAAGGAACUUAAUGAAUCACUAAACGCAUGCAUAAAAAUAGUUCAAAGAAAUAAUUUCGAAGAAGAAAUAAACAGAUUAAAAGAAAACCUUGAAGUCAAAAGGGAAAGCAAGUUGAGUUUACUAAAACCAUACAUGGAUAAUGAAGGAAUAGUAAGACUGGGUGGAAGACUGAGACACGCAAACAUAGAAGAAGACAGAAAACACCCCAUCAUUAUACCAAGUGAAGGUUACCUUACCACAUUAAUAAUCGCUGAUGCACAUGCAAAAACGUUACAUGGAGGAAUCCAACUUAUGCUUGAGUACCUGAGAUCAAAGUAUUGGAUUCUGAAAGUAAAGAAUUUAGUAAAAACGAAGAUACGUAAUUGCUUGAUAUGCGCCAAACAGAGAGCAUUAGUAAGAAACCAGCUGAUGGGAGACCUACCGACAGCCCGAGUCAACCCAGCCAGACCGUUCUAUAAUAGUGGCGUUGAUUUCGCGGAUCAAAUACUUAAGUUAAAAUGUUCUUAUUACCUAACGUUACUUAUUGAAAAAUGUAGUAUUUACUUAAUCAGCCUUUAAGAUACAGUCCACAGAGUUAAAAUUCAGUUUAAAUAAAAAUGCAUUGUAUUUGUAAGUAAAUAAGUAUGUAUUCAGUCAAGUAAAGAAUUUAUCAUAUCAAUUCUAUCUAUUUAAGGCCAUUAGCAUUGUAUAAUCACUUUUUUAAAAGGGCCUUUAAUAAAUGCCCUUUGGGGGGCGGUAUGUUGAGUUCAUUUUCUAGUAGCAAAUAAACCAUCAGUAAGAACGCA